UGAUGCACUUGUUUCUCAUUUAUUGACAGCCGGCAAUGAUAGGUGGAUGUUGUACAAGGAGUUCCCGUUGCACCCGAUUGUUAAGAGUUUCACUGGAUGCUCAAUGGAGGAAAAGGACUGCCAUGUCAGGGGGGAGGUUGUGGCGGUCAUCGAUGGAUUCGUAUACAUGUCUAUUUUCUACUGCAAGAACACACAAUCUUGUGAGUUGUAUCUAUCCUUGUGCCUGGAAACAUCGGAGAUGAGCGAGCUCUUUAAUGAUGCAUAUCGGUAUAAUUUGGGAGUCCAUCCCUACAUCAUGGCAUGGCCUCCCUCUUUGGUACAAAGCAAGGAGGAAUCAGGAACUGAAUUCACUGGAGAAAAUAUUGUAGAUGAUGAUCCUAUGGGCACAGAAGAAGCUUCCACUGUGCUUGUCACCGCAGUGCAGUCACUCAGCCAAGCUCUGAUGGAUGACGGUGGCAGUAAUAAAGAAAUAUCGGCAGAGUUAGAUGCCUUAUUGCGUCCCAACAAGGAUGGCAAUGGCUCUCUUAUGAGCAAGAUCACUAAUUUUGAUACAAAGUUGAUAACUGCAAGAAACCGUAUCUUGAGGAUAAGUCCAUGACUCUGAGGUCUGCGAGCGUGCCUAGUACAGAAAGCAAAACCUGGUGGUGUAUCGGUGAUAAGUGUACAAGUGGAAGCUGUCAAGAGCUUGUUGGAACGUGUGUUUAUUCUGAUGCGUGUGUUGUCUGUUGUGUGUUUGUUGUGAUGAUACGAGCUUUUGCGAAAUGGUUUGUAUUUCAAUUUUUUGGAUGGUGUAAAGAGGAUACAUGUAUUA